AUGCCGACGCACCGCCGUCGCUUACCCAUUCUUUUCACUUUGAUCUUUGUUUUCACGCGUUUCGGUGAGUUUUUCACGGAAAAUUGGCCGACAGGGCCCGAAAAGUGCAGAAAUACGUGUUCUUGACGCAAAAUUGCGUACCAAACAACACUUUUACAGUCAAAUGAGGGUAAAAACGGUCUGAAACGGCAAAAAUCCUCAAGAAUUGUGUUGGAGCGCAAUAUUUGAUAAAAACGAGCAAUUUUUAGUCGACUUCUUGUUGAAAAACGAUUGGAAAUUCAAAAAACUGGCCAGUUUCACGUUUUUCGAUCGGAAAAAACUGGAAAAUUCGAAAGAAAUUGAGUUUUUGUGUAGGAGUUUAUCCUGGUAAUAUGUAAAUUAAUAGAAGGCGAAUCAUAUCAGCUAGUUGAAACGGAGAACAUUUUUAAUGAAAUUAUCAUAACAGCAGGUAACAUUCAUUUCAGAAAAUGCUCUUUCCGCCGACUGCACCGAAAAAUCGUUCAAAACGGGCACCGUAUGCGUGUGCGCCAUCGAUUACUGUGAUGAGGUGCGCAUUUUCCAGAUAUCUUAGCUGUCAGCGGAGAUAUCAAAAAGUGGUCAACUGAUGAAAUGUUCCUUAAGAAAUUCUGUACAUUUUAUCAGUUGACGACCUCUUGAUAGCUCUACCGACAACUGAGAUAUUCCAGAUCCCCGCCCUGGACGUGACAAUGGGCCAGGCCGCCCUGUACACUUCGUCGCAUUCCGGAGCACGUCUUCAUCGAGACGUCGUCUACGCAACAGAUUCAGAGCCUUGUACGUUAAAGUAGUCAGGACCCGAUCGUCCAUCAUAAAAAUACGGUUAAAAUCAUAAAAAUACGGGUAAAGUUAGGCAACCCCCCAACACCAUUUGUUCAAAUUAAUGUAACUCAGCUGUGGAUAGAGAUAUCAACAAGUUGUCAACUGAUAAAAUGUUCCUUAAGAAAUUCUGCACAUUUUAUCAGUUGACCACAUUUUGAUACCUCCACCCACAGCCGUGAUACAGACGUUUGAAUUGACAACCGGAAUAUUUCCAGUCGGGACCCUUCACCUCACAAUCGACUCCUCGAAAACGUACCAGACAAUCCAGGGAUUCGGAUCCACGUUCUCCGACGCGUCGGGCGCCAAUCUGAAAAGUUUACCCGACAAAUUGGCCGACACUAUUCUACGACAAUACUUUUCCGAUUCGGGUAAUCGAUAACAGCAGAAAAUGUUUUCAUUUUUUAAUCAUGCAAAAUUUUUUUAGGCCUAAACCUUCAAUUCGGUCGAGUUCCGAUUGCGAGCAACGAUUUUUCGACGCGAGUUUACAGUUAUAACGAGAUUGUCGAUGAUUUCGAGAUGCAAAAUUUCAACUUGACAAAAGAAGAUUUGCAGUGGAAGGCGGGAACCAUUUUUUUUAAUACAAGAUCUUUUGAAACCGCAUUUUUCUUCAGAUUCCGUACAUCCAAGCGGCUCAAAAGCACAAUCCGAACGUCAAAUUGUUUGCGGCGCCGUGGAGUGCUCCAGGUAGAUCAAAAACAUAGAUUUUGACCUACUGUUUUUUUUUUGAGGAUGGCUGAAAAGCACGAAGCAAAUGGACGGUCCUGGCACACUUUUGGGCAAGGCCGGAGACACGUACCAUAAAGCGUAUGCCAAGUAUUUUGUGAGGUAAGUUCUUUGAAGUUUUGACGUUUAGUGAUGCAUUUUUGUACUCUUACUUCUUGAAGUACUGUAGUACCUUUAGGAGUGGUUUUACAAGAAAAUUGCCAACUACAAAAAUGAAGAGCGUGUUGAGUACUACAACUUUGUAGUUGACACUUUUUUCGAACAUCCACUCCUAAACGUACUAGAGGGUUUUGAAGUUUUGAGUGCUAAAGGCGUAUCCCAACUUCCAAGAGCUACAGUACUCCAGAAAGGGGUUGUACAAAAAAGUUGUCAACUACAAAAAUGUUCGACUAAAUGUCAAGAUUCUACACAACAUUUUCUAAAACCAUAGAUUGACGUGGAACUCUACAAUCUGCAAUAAUUCGAAUUAAUUCAGAUUCCUCGAAGAGUACUCGAAGAACAACCUGUCCUUCUGGGGUCUGUCCACUCAAAAUCAACCAACUCUCGGUGCGGACAAGAAGAACAAAGUGCAAUCGAUGGCAUUCACCGCCGAAACUCAACGGGACUUUAUCAAAUUGGACCUGGGACCGGCGCUGAAAGCGUCGGACGUUGGAAAAGAUUUGAAAGUGCUGAUAAUGGAUGAUAACCGCGGAAAUCUGCCAAAAUGGGCCGAUACUGUAGGUUCCGCGAACGUACACUUUUUUUAAAAAAUUAAAUAUCUUUAAUUUGAGGUUCUCAAAGACAAAGACGCGGCUGGGUUCGUUUCUGGAAUCGCGGUGCACUCUUAUCAGGACUCUGAAGCGGAUAAGCAUUUGGAUGAGACCAACAAAAACCAUCCGGACUUUUUUAUUCUUGGGACCGAGGCCAGUGAAGGUUCCAACUCGAAGGACACCGCGGUCGAGUACGGAUCCUGGGAUCGUGCCGAGGAUUACACCUCGGACAUUUUGGAUGUGAGCUUUUAUUUGAUAUAUCUCAGCUGUGGGUGGAGAUAUCAAAAAGUUGUCAACUAGUAAAUUGAUCAGAAAGAAAUUUGACACAUUUUAUUAGUUGACCACUUUUUGAUAACUUCAUCGACAACUGAGAUACAUUGGUUUGAAUGAACAAUAUCGUUUCAGGACCUCAAUAACUGGGUGGUCGGUUGGACGGAACGUAACCUGGUCCUCGACGCUCAAGGCGGUCCCUCUUGGAUAUCCGAUUUUGCCGACGCGCCGAUCAUCUCGUUCCCGGCGCUCGCACAGUUCUACAAACAACCCAUGUUCUACGCGAUCGCACAUUUUAGGUACUUUCAGGAUCAGAAUCAUUAUUUUUAAUACAAGUCAACGUUUUUCAGUCACUUCAUAAAGCCCGGCGCCAAGCGCAUCGACCAUUCGUUGAAUGUCAUCGAGCUCGAAGUCGAGUCGUCGGCGUUUCUGAAUCCGGACGGCUCGAAAGUGAUUAUAAUGCUCAAUAAGGGAUCGGUGAGUCGAUUCGGACUCUUAAAAAUGACUGAAAAGUGUUGUAGCUGGUCGCGACUGAGCAUACGGUAGUUGUGCAGGACACGGCCGACAAUCGCAACCACUAUCAAUUCAAACUGCCGCAGCGGAGCAUCAUCACUCUCUACAUUCAGACUUCCAAUUUCUGA